GCGCAAAAAACAGGUUUAGCAUAAUUCAAAUUUGCUAUUAAGUGGUGAAUUCGAGAAAUAUUCCGCUAGAGAUCGCACUGCGCAGCCGUUAUGACAUUUUGCGGGUUUGUGUUUAAAAAGAAACUUGUUUAGUGUGUGAGAAAAUUUUCUCGUGAUUAUUUCACAUUUUCUAUCGUAAAUACAAAAAAAAGAGACUAUUUCUAUUAUUUAAUCGAUAUACUGAGAAGGCGAGAUUACGAUGUUGCGCAAUAUUGAGAAUUUCGAUAUGGAGGUGUUCGAUAAUUCCGGGAACAACCUUGCUGAAUACCUGUUGGGGAAGAGGAACAAGAAGGUGAGCAAACUCUUUAAGGAACCCGUGAACGAAAAAAGUGAGGUUGUGAAAGUCAAGUACAUAAAGAAAAAGGCGCCACCAGCGGCUUUGUACCCGCGCCCAGAGCUUCCAGCAGUGAUGACUUCAUCAGGUGCAUCGUCAAAUGGAACCUUGAGCUUCGAUCCUGGCACUACGAGCACUCCCUUUCCGAGACAGAGAAAGGUGGUUUCGUUGCCGAGUCGAACUUCAACACUUACUAAGAUUCCGGAGCAAAAUCCUCCAAAUCCGAAGAUAUCUACAGAACACAAUAGAAGAUCCGGAAAGUCCAUGAUUGGCAGCCAACUAUCCGCUUCGAGACAGUUAAGUGAAGCGACUGUUCCAACUCACUUUGGGUCACUGUCAUCAUUCAUUUCAUCGGAGCAAUCUAACGAUUCUAACAGUGACAAUGACAUGCUCGAUGGUUUGCCACUAUCAGAUGCUGCUCAUGAACCUGAGGAGGACGCCUCACAACCCAUAUAUUCUUCAAAUACUCCAACGUCUAUUGAAGAAGAAAAUGAAUUUUAUGGUUUUACACAGUCUCAGACAGAUUUGGAGUCUUUGAGGAUGGACAUUUGUGAAACUAUGGCUAAGACUCCUGCGACAAAUGGCAGGCAAAGUCAGAAGACGAUCAUGAAUGUUGUGUCGGUGGCUCAGAACAGAAGCUGCAAUAGUUCCUGUAACAAUGAAGCCACUAUCGUUCCUCGGAAUACUGACCGAGUAAACCUAGAGGCUACUGAAGAGGGAUCCACCAAACAGAGGAUUGAAGCGCCAAAUGACGCAACUUCUGGAUUUGUAGAUUUCAGCUCUCAGCGCGACACAGUUUUCAGUCAUCCAAGAGAGAAUGUCCUCAAGAAUUUUACGACGAAUAUUCCAGUGAUUGCGGAAGUUUCCGAGGUGAACAUGAGUCAUGAAUUGAAGAAUUCCAGAAUCAAUAACACAACUAACAAACGUGCCGGCACAAUCACGGUCACGAGUGAUUCUGGCAUUUGCAAGGGUCCAUCUCUAACAGUGAAGGGGUCAAAGAGAACUAAACGAAAGAAGAAGAAGCUGGAUUCGCCUGUGCAGAAAAUAAUUCAGCUGGAGAAAAAAAUCCGUACAUCUAUUCCAAGAGCCGCAGGAAAAUCUAUGCGAAAGCUCUACUCACACUGCAACAGUCAAGAUGAGAAUGUGACAGAAAAUGCGAUGGUGAACAGUCAAAGGGAACCAGAGCCUGAACAUUCAGAGAAUGAGAUCGUCCGUGACGUGAUUCCCUCAGUUGAUCAAGAGAUAGACCUGUCACAGUGCUCAGUGGUUGUGAAUCGUUUAACAGCGCUGCCACCAGUGGAGAAGAAAAAAGGUCGAAAGAAGAAGGAGAAACCAGAAGUCAUCCCACAGGAUGAGUUUGGCUUGAGGCGUUCUAGACGACAAAAGUGUGCGCCAAUGCCUUACUGGCUCACCGGUUCAUCUCGGUAUCAGACCUUGAAGGUGCAAACGUACAACGAGGAGGUUCCGCUGAAAAAGCGCUAUGCGACUGUUGAUCCGAAGGAAGGCACACAUGUGUUCACUACAGAUUGUUCCCUCUUGAUCGAGAAAAAGAAGGGUAAAAAGAAGAAGCAACAAGUGAGGGACAAGAAGAAGCAGAAGCCGAACACUGAGCUGGAUGUUUCGGAGAUUGAAGAGCCACAGCCACAAAAAACAAAGGAAAAGCCGAAGAAGAAGAAGCCACAGAAUACCAGGGAUGCUGAAAAUUCGGCUGACCGAAGCAAAGACAUUCCUGCGAUGAGUCAGGAUGAAAUUUUCAAUCAACUGCGGGAUGAAGACAAUGACCUAAGAAUUGCAGAAGUGCUUGAAUUCAAGUCAAAAGUUCACGCCUACAUGAAGAAGGAAUCAAUUGUGCCUGGCAUUGAUUUGUAUGUGAGCCAAACAUCUGAGACUUGCGGGUUUAUGGUGUUCACGCCAGGAACAAGAAAGAGGAGGUGCCGUGUGACGUCAAAUAAAUGCUACUUUGCCGUCACGCGAGGGUCAUUUGAGGUGAAAGUGGACGGGGUCAGGAAGCAAACGACAGACAAUUCAAUAAUAAUCAUCCAGAAAGACAUGAAAUAUUCGCUUAAUUAUGGGACAGAAAACAUAGUGCCAGGAGAAAUUACUUUUAUAAUGAUUUAAUACAUAAUUUUCGUAUAUAUUUGACGUAGGGAUAUCAUUCGAAUUCACAUUUGGCAAUAGAUUUAAAUUUAUAAGGCAAGAUGCAAGAUAUUAAUAAGUUUAAAUAAUAAUAAAUGUUUUAAAUAAACAAGUACGAUUUAAACGGUCAACAAUGACUCUUAGCUGAUGACUGCGCUAUCUGCAAUAAAUGAUUUUUAGUCAUCCGCUACUAGCUCUCAGCUGUGGGGAAAGCAAAAUUCUCACUUCGGGAUAUUUCAACACUUUUUGCUCGUGAUCACGCGCUUCGGCCCUAACUCUGAUUGUCCGCUAGAGUAGUUCAGCCCUAAAAAGAAAAUGUCGCUAAAUAUACAAAACGUAAAAGAAAUGCAACAAAUAUGAAAGACAUGUUUCAACGCCCUUCAGUAGGUCACAUGCACUAUUACUAUUAUGUGACGUCGGUGACGUCAUAAGUAAUGUCGCCAUAUUAAAAUAAUGUUUAAACGCCUAUACUCAGUAAUGAAUUUCGAUGAGAUUCUAGUAUGUUGUAGUCCAGGUCAGGACGUUUCAAAAUGAUUGAUAGUCAAAAAUUUUGUUCGCAGGUCAAGUUAUUUUGAAUGAAAUUUUGAUAUACUUUGAUAGUCCAUAUUGAGACGUUUCCAAAAUGUGGUCAUACUUUUUUGUCAAUACAAUAGAAUCAGAAUAAAGGAGGUUUUGAAAAGGCUGAGAUCGUACAGUGUUAAAAUUAAAUAAAAAAAAUUAUGGAGGUUUGAAAUUUUUUGUACUUAAUAAAGG